AUGCUCAAAAAGAUGAAGAUCAUUCGAGAUCAGUUCACAAUCACUACCUGGCUCCUCAUCGGAGCAGUCCUACACGGUGUCCUCAGCUAUAUUCUACCAACCCACUACGCGCUUCUUCCCGCAGUACUUACUUUGUCCCUCCGAUCCAUCCAUACAUUACUUCAGCAUUAUGGUUUAAUAAAUAACCGUGCGGCCGAAGGCGUUGUGAGAGGGAAAUUUAGUGCCCAAAUUCCCGAUCGCGAGGGAAAUACACCUUCGCAACCCGCCGAGCAUGAAGUCGUGGUUCUACAUUUGGCGACGCGAUCAAAUCACCCUCUGGGGCUAUGGGCUCCUGGUUACCAACAGGUUUCCAAGUACAUGCAAGGACUCCUCGCCGAUCUGAGUCAGAACUCACACGAGAAUGGCUUCCUCGGAUCAACAAGUUGGAUGCCCGUCUCAGAGCGCAAAACCUCGAACCAGCUCAUGGUCGCCGUCUACUUCCGUACUUAUAAGGAUGUUUAUACUUGGGCACACAGCCCUAUGCAUCUCAAGGUGUGGAAAUGGUUCAACAAUGUUUCACGUCAGCAUCCACACUUGAGCAUUAUGCACGAGACGUAUAUAGCUCCAAGGGGUCACUCGGAGAAUAUUUAUGUCAACUUUCAUCGGACUGGUUUGGCUGCUACAAAUACGAAGGUCAAGGUGGACGAAUCUGCUGAAAAGGACAGUUUCCAAUGGAUUAGCCCUCUGGUCGAUGCUAGCAGGGGUGCAUUGAGAUCGUCUCGUGGUAGACUGGGCACGGCUGAUGGGGCUGAUAAUGAUCAGUAUAAACUAGUGGAUUACUGA